CAUGUUAAACAUCUUUAGAGCUGCUGGUGAUCUGUCCCAUUUGAUCAGUAUCUUCAUACUGAUCAACUCCAUCCAAAAAUCAAGAUCAAUUGCUGGUAUUUCAUUAAGAACUCAAAUAUUAUAUUCAGUGGUGUUUAUCACUAGAUACAUCGAUUUAACAUUCAGAUAUGUUUCACUUUACAACACAUUAAUGAAAAUGUUCUUUAUUGGAAGCUCAAUUUACAUUGUUUAUCUAAUGCUUUUCAAGUUUAAAAAUUCAGAAACUCAAAAAAUUGAUAAUUUUAAAAUUGAAUAUUUAAUUGGUGGAUCAUUUUUAUUAUCUUUAAUCUUCAACUAUGGAUUCCAAUUCACUGAAAUACUUUGGUCGUUUAGUUUAUGGCUAGAAAGUGUGGCCAUCUUGCCACAAUUAUUCAUGUUGCAAAGAACUGGUGAAGCUCAAACUUUAACAACUCAUUAUAUCUUUGCCCUUGGGAUUUAUCGUGCUUUAUACAUUCCAAACUGGUUCUAUAGAUGGUUUGCAGAGGGCCGUUUCGAUGCAUUGGCUGUUUUCACUGGGAUUAUCCAAACAUUGAUCUAUUCAGACUUCUUUUACAUUUAUUAUAAUAGAGUGUUGAAAGGUUUGAAAUUCGAAUUACCACAAUAGAAGCAUGAAUCACAUACAAUACAAUACAAAGAAAAAGCACAUGGGCAUAUACAAUUCCAUUCUGUAGUUAUUCUUUCCUAUUCAGCCUUAUUUGUUGGCUGUUGGUUAUCCAGGAACGUCAAACAAAACCGUUUCAAGCCAGCCAAUGGGCCAUUUUGCUCCAGAAAAGAACAUACACAUAUAAUAUCGAUGCUCUAGUCUCUAAUAAACCCACUAUUUCUCACUUUAAACCACUUUAAACCACCUUAAUCCACUAAUCUCUGUUUCCAUCCCCUGUCAUUCUCACGGCCAGUUUUCCCGAAUUGAACAAAAUCCAGACACCUGCCAAAAACUAUCCCCCGUCUUCAUUUCAUCAACCAAAACACUCUU